GAAUGUUUUAUUUUCGUGACUUCAUUCUACAUUAUCUUCACUAUAUUGCCUGUAAGUAUUACGAUACUGUACACAACAUUUUGAGAACUUCCUAAUGAAGCGUCCAGUCCGCAUAUUCCUGUAUUACUGUACAGUAAUUUGAAGGAUUGUGCCAAAAAUUUGUGUUGCACUCACUUCCCAUUCCAAAGUGCUUGAGUCGAGUUUCUGGCUUGGGCGUUUCAUAAACACAAGUAGUGUUAUUCAGCACACAAAUGUUUUCAAACAGUAUUGUGUUGGACAAAUGCCCGCUAUUGUUUUGGAGCUUGUAAAAAAGGCCUCGUAGGGAUGCCAUGAGGAAAAUCAUGUCUUUGUCUCUUUUUCCACCCAGAAAGCGUGCUGGACUUACAUGUGUUUGUGUCUGCUCUCAAUUAGUUGAAGUUUUCCGGCGGUUGCUGUUGGGAGCCAGUAAAGGGUGAACGCACGAUGCAGACCAGCACUCAUUCUUUCCGAUGACUUCAGGCAGCCGGAGCAGACGAGCGCGGCAGGACUCUCUUGGACGUCGGUGUUCACUUGCUCGAGGUUUCUCUGGAAGGCGAACUGCAAGCAAGGGCGGACAUUUAGUUACGACAUUUGGAGAUGCUGCUUCGGUUAAUGUGGAGUUGGACCUGGCUCCUGGUGGGCUUCUGUGCGUGCGCCCCCCAUGAAGACAUCUCUGUUGACGAGGACGACUGGACCGAUGACAAAUGGGGUUCCGGUUUCUCCCCCGUGUAUCACUUCCUUGCCGACAGACCACCUGAAACAACAGCAGCUGCCGCAUCAGCAGCAGAGAAACCCCCGGGGUCGAUGAACUGUACGCAGAACUUUUGGUUGCCGUCACCCACGCUGGAUAUCUGUUGGGAGAACGUAGCCGGGCCCGAAGAGCUGGCCCGCUCCCGCCAGCUGGCGCUGCAGAACCGGGCCGCCCUCGAGGCCGUGACCUCUUCUUGUGGCGUGGAGGAAGGUGGGCUCUCCUACCAGCGGCAGGCCAGUGACGAGGUACAGGGGGUGCUCUCGGACCACCGCAGUGUGGCUGAGGCCCUGGACACAAUGGAGAAGGUCUUCGUCUCCCUGGAGGAGAAGAGGAAAGACGGCAAGGAUGGGAGGCUCCUUGCGAGUGUGAAGGAACAUUUGACACACGCGACGGAGUCGGCGUGGGCCCGAGAGCACCUGGCGUCCGCCCUGGAGAGGAGCUUGUCCACCCUGGAGGACAAUCUCAUCCACAUGCAGCUCAGACUCCACAAGCUCAUCCGCCAGUGACCACCAGCACACCAAUAUGUUGAUCGGCGGUGGAAUACGUCACAUUUUUUGUUGCCAGUGUUGUGACUUUGCGCUUUUAGUAAAUGGCAAUAAAAGUCUCAACCACCAAA